AAAAGCUCAUAUAUGCUACUUUUCGUGCUGGAUUGCAUUAUCAAACAGACCAUAACUCAAAACACUUUUGGUCAUAUCACAGGGGAAAGGGUUCACAGCAGUUACACCAGAGUAGUGGUGGUGGUCUGGCUCUUCGUUGUCUUUCUCUUAGCCUCAAGCUACACUGCAAGCCACUCCUCAAUGCUCACGGUCCAACGCUUCGAACCGAACAUAACAGAUAUAGAGUGGCUGAAGAAAAACAAUGCACCAGUAGGCUGUGACUUUGAUUCGUUUAUAAAACAGUAUCUACAGAAUGUGCUUAAAUUUGACCCCAGAAACAUCAAGAACAUCAACAACGAAUACGACUAUCCGACAGAAUUCGAGAGUCGCAAUAUCACUGCAGCAUUUGUUGAACUUCCUUAUUCCAAGGCCUUUAUGAAACAUUUUUGCAGAGGGUACACUGUUGCCACACCCACAGAUGGACUUGUUGGUAGUCACAGAUUUGGAGGCUUGGGAUUUGUAUUUCAGAAAGGCUCUCCAAUUGCUGAAGAUGUCUCCCAUGCUAUUCUGACCUUAUCAGAGAAUCGUAAGUUGGAACAAUUGGAAACUCUGUGGUUUACUCCUUCUCCCAAGUGUUUAAACUCUCUAACUUUUGACACGAUUGAUAGCUUGAGCUGGAAAAGUUUUUGGGGUCUUUCCCUCUUCUCAGCCUUUAUUUCCACCAUAUGUUAUAUACUAUUUGCAACUCACCAGUCAUAUAUGGGAUCUAUUAGUUUUAUUUAUAGCACUAUGUUGUACAAGUUGGCUGGGUUAGUAAAGUAUUUGUAUAUCGUAGUGAGAAAACCUCAAGGUACAAUUCCAAACACUGUUCACUCUUCUAGUACUAAGUACACAAGUUCUUUAGAGACUCUGGGGCAAUCCCAAGCUCCGACGUCGAGUGGAAGUUGAAGUUACCAAUCCUAAUGAAGAAAGGCAUGUUCAUUUGUGACUUGGAGUCAAGAGUUCAAGUUGUUGAAAGAUUUAUUGGAUGUAAUUGCAGACUUCUAAUCUUUUAAAAUGUGGCGAAUGAUGGGAACUGAGUCUUGUAUACUGACUUGUGCG